UCGAAGCUGCCGCUACCCGCAGCCAGGCGCGCCCCGGCGGCGACCCCGGUCUAGGGCCCGCACUAGCCUCCCGCCGCGGACCCAUGGGGCUGAGCCCGGGGCUCCUGCUCGUCGGCGGCUCCUUCGCGGCGUUCCGGCUGCUGAACCGCGGGCUGGAGCGGCUGGUGCCUCCGCCGCGCGCCGCGCUCCGCAACCGCUGGAAGUGGCGAAACAUCUGGACCUCGUUCGUGCACAGCCUGCUGAGCGGCGCCGGGGCGCUGCUGGGGUUCUAUCUCCACCCGCAGAUGGCGGAGGACCUGAUCGGAACUCACUCGCCGGCUGCGCGCAGCGUGGUCUCGGUAUCUAUAGGAUAUUUUCUCCAAGAUUUUGUGGAUAUGUUGUGUAAUCAGAAGCUUCACCAGUCCUGGGAGCUGCUUUUCCAUCACUCGGUGGUGAUUAUCUGCUUUAGCGUGGCAGUGCUGGUUCAUCAAUAUAUUGGAUUCGCUCUUGUGGCUUUGCUUGUAGAGAUUAACUCCAUCUUCCUGCAUCUACGACAGAUCCUGCUAAUGGCCAACCUGGUGCACACCACCUGUUACCGGCUCAACAGCAUCAUAAAUCUGGGCACCUACGUAGUGUUUCGCAUCACCACACUGGCCUGGAUGACACGCUGGCUGGUCCUAAACCGUGAGAACAUUCCGCUGGCAACAUAUACUGUGGGCACAGUGGGCAUGGCCAUCAUGACACCCAUGAACAUCAUCCUCUUCUACCGCUUACUGCGCAGUGACUUCCUCAAGUCCAGCCGGGAGGUGUGGCGGGAGAAGGAGAAAUAGUCCUGCCCCCAGUGCCCUGCAGGCUGUCCAGGAAAUCAGCAGCCAUGGGGUCGGAGAGGAGGGACUGCAGCCGGCAGAGAGUAAGCACUGAUGUGGACAGGAGUGCGUCAGUAUCUUGUUUGAAGGAAUGGAGGACAAUUACAGUCCUCUCAAGAUGAGAUUCUUGGGCCUUCCUGGUGGUCGCAGUUGCUUUAUAACACCACCUGACAGCUGUGGGGAGACCGAGUGGACACGGCAAGGAAGGGAAGGCCUUUCCAGGCCAGAAUUCAGGGCUUUGUUUUCCCCCUGCACCCUCUGCUGGGAUGAUCGGUUGACAGGUGGCUGCUUGAGGGAGCUCUGAAGAGGAUUCUGCAGCAGCAUGGGGCCGUGGCCUAGAUGAGAACAGGGAGGAGAGGGUUGUCCUUCCCACACUACUGAUGUGUGAACUUAGAAAAUCAUCUUAGCUUUUUGAAACUCCUUGUCUUUGCGCAGCUGGGCUGGAAAUCCUCAGGGCCCUCUAGGUACCUGCAUGGUCUAUGUCACCAUAAUUCAUAAGAGUUAAAAGUAUCAAAACAAUUUCUCCCAAGCCCCACACUGUGUGUGAAAUCUCAUGGAGGGAGUGCUAAGUUGAAUGUCUACAGUUUGCAUUUGGCUCUUAACCUGUGAGGCCUGUGGUCUCAUCUCGUGCAGGCCUGAGCGGCACAGUCCAAUUCCAGCCCUCGUGAUAGUUCUUUUCUGCACUUAUGAGCCUCCCCUUAGGGGCUGACAGGUUAAUUGUCCCAGGGGAACAUAGUUGUGAUGGGAGUUCAUGGUAAUGGAGUAAGAGAUGAACUGUUGGGUAGGUUGAGCCAAUCCAUGGGGGUGUUGGCUAUCAGGACAGAAAGCUUUAAUUGGACGCUUUUCGGAAGGGAACUAGUGCAGACCAAAGGGGUGAAGUUGCGGGAGCUCUAUCCAGAUUUGCAGUUUCAUUCCUAGAUGUAAUAAGUUUCAGUAAUUGAGUCUGAAUCACUGACCUGGUCUGUGUCUAAGAGUAUGGUGUGGAAUCUUCUGACCAGCUGCAGAGGGGAAGUGGAUGUCUUGCAGCUGUGGCUGUUUUGGGCAUCUAAAAGGAGUAAAGAGUCCAGCAGGCUCUGGAGGCUGUGAACCCACUUAACAAUCUGUGGGCAGACAUCUGUGCCCUUCUGGGCUCCUGUCUUGGAGCAGCCUUUGCCAUGAGGACAAGGACAGGAGGAAAGUGAGCAAAAGAAGUGAUUUGGACUUCUUUAACCUCAGAGAAAAGUUGGUGUGGUGGGGGUGGGGGGGUAUGGAGUUGUCAUGGACUCCUCCCAGCCCUAGCAUCCUGCCCCACAUGCUCCUGCCACGCUUGCUUUGACUGACUUUGAGUUGUGGGGGAGGAGAGGGAAGGGAGGUGGAGUCUGGCAGGACUUUAAAGUUUUUAAACCCUUUUUACAUCCAUCCUUGUUCAUCAGAUUCUCAGGUGACAUGGCAGCCCUCUGGUCAGCCUCCCAGACCCCGUAAAAUCUUUACAGGGCUAGAUGUCCCCUGGGGCAGAAUUCCACUCCCCCUGGGUCCCAAGUAUGGCAGUGGUUUUCUGUCUCUGUAGUUUUCUGACCAAACUCCUUCUCUGACCAAGCCCUUUAUAUAAAAGGGUGAGUUCUCCAGCCCAGGCUCACGUGUACCAGCUCUGAGAAAUCUGUUAGGUCCAGCAGCAGUCUUGGUUUGAAUGGGCUCACAACCAUUCUCCUUUCACUUGAAAUCCCUUGUUUGGUUUUGAUGCUGCAGGGGGACAGUCUGAAACAACUGGCUAAGAAAUGCUGAGACUGAGACGCCCAUCUUCUAGGAAGGUGUGUGGAAUUUCAGCAGGUUAAAAGGCAGCAAAUUCUGAGGAAUCCAGGUAUGUUUCUCUCCAUGGUGGGGAGAAGACAAACUUUAUGGGAGCAGCCAUCAGUUGGGAGCUAAGUGUGGCCAGACCUGCAUAUGUUUCCAUUUGUUCUGCAGGCUGGGAAGUGCAGCAAAGCCUGCAGGUGCAGGCAAGAAUCUGGAGUUUAGGGUUUUGGUUUGUCACCAGUAGGAAAACUGCUCAGCAAAUAAUCUUACCCCACUGGGCAUGUGAGCCUGUGGCACUUGGUAUCACCAUAAAAGUCAUAUGUUGUGUCCAGUUCCCAUUUACAGCACCCAUGGCAGAGAUGGCAGCCAGCCCUUUCUCCUUGGGUUAGCCCUGUCUGUGUCCAGUUCUGUACAGCAAGUGAACUCUGCUCUAGCUGCUGAGUGAUUUAUUUGAAUUACAAUAGCACCUAGGAGCCCUAGUCGUGGAGCAGGACCCCACCGUGCUAGGUGCUGUGCAAACACAGAACAAAAAGAGGUGCUUGCCCCAAAGAGGUUCCAAUCUAAGUACCAAUAAAGACUGAGUUAGCAUUUGCAUUCUGUCCCAGUGUGCUGCUCAGAUGCAGAGCCACAGGUUUAGACGGGCCCACAUCCUGGAUUGAGUUCUGUUCUAAACUGUAUUUUGUUGCCCUUCAGGGCAGCAUGCUGCCUCUUCUCUUCAAAUUUGACUUCCCCACUUCACUGCACUGAAAUUCCUCUCCCAAGUCCUUCCUGACACCUCCUCAGACCAGUGGCCUGACACAGAUGAUCGUACCUUCCUGGGCACCUGCAAGUCAGUGCUCUUCUGAGUGAUCCUUCAUCAUGUCCUCCCCUUCCCCUCUGGCAGAGCUGCUCAGAGGUUUUUGCUUGGCCCCAUAACCUGGCUUCCUGUAUUUCCCAAUUGUAAUCAUUCCAAAGACUGCCAUCAGUAGCAACUGAGAAUCAUUUGCUAUCCUGCUGCUCCAGCCACAUCUUCCUUCAAUAUGGCUUCCUUUCUUCUACAUGUAGCUCAAACGUCAUCACCACUCAUCUCCUGCUUACAUAUCUGCUCUCUUUCUUCACCCCCACCCCCCCCCCCCCCGGCUGUUGUGCUCCAAGCUUCUUUCCUAAUCACUCCCUUUCUCUCCAUCCCUUUCCCCAACCAUGGGUCGAAUUGGGCCAGUUCAUCAAGCUGGUGUGUGGUUUGUGAAUGUGAACUGAAUGUAGUGAUGUCUGAGUCUGCAGACAGCCUGGAACAGCAUGUCAGAGAGGUGUGAACUGCCCUCUUUUUCAUAGUAUGAAGAUCUGUACAAUCUGUUGUGAGUGAUAGCUUAUCUUGGUUUCACAUAUGAGGGAGCUUGGGAUGUGCCUAGAGCUGAGGAGACUGCAGCCCCUUGUUUUUUGUAUCUGAUCCCUGGAGCCACCAAGCUGUAAAGCAGUACUGAGCCCAGCAGAGCAUGUAUAAUCACUGUAAAUGUCUGUGCAGCCUGGGAGUGAUCUCAGUUUGGUCCCCAAGUGCGUGAUACUUGGAAGAGUUUCACUGUUUCCUUCCCCAAUUCAGCCCUUGCUCCUGACUGUGCCUUUCAUACUAUCUCACAUGCCUGCCUUCAGUCCUUACAAUCCUGUUAUGUGAUGCAUUCUACCCACCUAUUAGUCUUUCUAUAGUAAUUUGUUCUGUAUUCUCCUAAUCUCUGCAGAAUGUAAUUUUGUUGAGUCGGAUACUUGUUUGUUACCUCCCUUUAAUCAUGUGGCAUUGUUUACUCACAACAUUCUGUGCUCUGGCUAGAUCCCUGUAUAGACUAAAGGGUUCCCAACAUCUCCCCUGGCAGAGCACCCAGGAUUUCUCUAGGGUACCUCAAAUGUAGGGACACAUGGAAUCAGGAAGUCUCUGUAGAGGGCUUGGGACCCUCUGAUGGACACUGGGGAAACCAAAGAUACUGUGAUAUUUUGAGAGAUUCAUCUAAUAAGUGCAUGCAGAUCACCUACAAUGGGAAUGCUAAGGAGUGGGCGAUGUGAUGGAUUUUCAGUUUGGUAUGUGGCCAGUUGCUAUCUACAAGCAGACUCUGAUGCUAUUCGGUCCUUCUCCGAGUUGACAGUCCUGGGAUGAAGAGCUACAGCGAUGGGGACUCGUGGUCCCAGUGAGAAGGAUAACAGUGCAUUGGGACCUGUAAGAACCAGGAUCGGGAUUGUGACGAUUACCAUCUCUAGAGGGAGAGCAGGGGCCAACCUUGCUUUCAUUGCCUCAUACCUUCUGAUUCAUUCAGAAACACUGGCUUCACACCUGCUUCCAAGGUUCCUCUGUUGUACUGUAUGUUAAGGACUAAGGUCCUGAUCUGGUGAGAUGCAGAAUGACCUGAAUUCCCAUUGCCUUGAGCACCCUAAUGUGCUCAGCACCUUGUGUGCUGAGGACCUGCUGCUAAGAAGGUUGUCACAGUGUUUUGUGGGUUUAAGAAAUGUAUUCAUCUUAUUUGUCUUUUGUAACAGGCCAUGGGCUUGGCAAGAUAAUAUAUUUAAAAUAACUGUCAAACAGGUGUGCGGUGCUUG